AUUCAGUUUGUUCGACAUGAGUUUGCUUUAUGUUUUUUAGACGGUGUCCCCGAUCCGAAUAUCCGGUGCACGCCAAGUAUCGGAAACCACACGAAAUCCCCCACUAGAGCAUGGAAAGCGGAAAACAGAGAGUCUUCUACUCGAAGUGCUCCGCAACGAACCGAUUUGAUCAGAAACAAAUUACUAACGCUUAAUAAAUUAGAUGUUCUCACGAGCGUGCUAGGACACUUAAUAUUUUGGCGCGUGGCCCGCAUCACUGCAUACGUGUACCCCCGCUGGGGUACCGGAGGGAGUUUGCUUGCCACUGUAAUAGUAUUUGCCGUUUUGUUUUGGACAGCAACGAAGGCCUCUGUAUCCGGGAACAAGUUACGGGCAUCGAAUACUAAUCCCAAUGUAUAUCCGGAUACUAAAAUACCCAUCAUGCGGAGCAAUAUCGGCGCUAAAUCAUUACGACCUUCCGUCUCGUCUCUUCACCGAUCUAAUAGCAGAAGUCCAGCUAGGAAACAAAAGUCUUUCAACAGCACAUCAAGUAACUUCCAAGACCUAAUGAGUGCUACGGCUAGUAAAAUGAAGCCACCGUACAACGACUCUAAAAUUAUCAAGCAUUGGACACCAGAAAUGAGCAAAAUACCAUCAAGAUCGCCGAGUAAAAUUACGAAAAGAUUCCUAAAUGGUGAACCAAUGAGGAGAGCAACAUCGAUCAAAGAUGUUAACGCGUCUGUGGACAAAAUGAAAUCCUUGCCUAGGGAACCAUACGGGGUUCCACCGCUGACCAGGCCAGCCCGUGAAGAAAAAAUAGAUAGACCAUCAGUAAACAAAUUCGAUGACGAAUUAAGAAGACAGCAACUGCUAGAAAUAAAAAAAAAGUUCCAAAGUAAACGAUUUUGGAAUGAUUCAAAGUACGACAAAAUUGAAGGUUUGAACUGGAUAUCAUGGAAAUAAACACUUUUUUUUUAUAUUAUAAACAAUCUGUAUUUUAUAAAUUUAAAGUGGUAGUAACACUGCAGUGUGGAGUCUAAUGUUAAAGUUUACGAGCAUAAUGUCAAUUAAAAAAAUUGAAAAAUCAUGCUGUGUUUACUUGGAGCUAGAACCACCUGAUCCUUUGCUAUCCUUAUCUUUUUGAUCCUUGUCAUCUUUCUCAUCCUUGUCUUUUUUGAUGGUCGACAUAGCAUUGCGAAUAGCUUCACUUUGAGGAUCAACUCCUGGCAGAUUUUCCAAUACACUUUGAAGGAAUGCUGGGUCAUUCAUGACUUCAGCAUACUCUUCCGAGACAUCCAUGCUCUCUUCAGCUGCUGGAGCCUCUUGUUGCAUGCUCAUUUGCAUGGCAAGAGCAAUCUGCUCUUCCUCAGAUAACUCCAUAGCUUCAUGACCAAGUGACAUGGCUAAAGCUCUCUCCAUGCCAGUGUUUUCUGGUUCCCCAGGCUUGCUUGCAUCUCCUUCAGUUGUAGUUUGUUGGCGGCGUGACUCCUCCUCCUGGCGUUGUCUUUGCUCUUCCAUAGAGACACGUAGGGCAAGUGCAAGUUCAGGAUCUUCAUUUGGAUCAACACCAAAUUCAAAUGGUGACAAGCCUGAGCCAGAUGGGCCUG